GUCAUUUCUAUAGUACAAGUGAGCAUUAUUUAAUUGUUGGUUAGGGAUGAAUUUUUUCGGGCGAAUAUUAGAAUAAAAUGAUUACUAUUCUGAGAGGAUUAGCCAAAAAUCUAACUAAAACGUUCCCUGUUGUUGGCCGAGGUGUUCGUCCUGCAGGAGUUAUAAAAUUUCAUUUCUAUGUGGUUCAUAGAUGCGAAGUUAAAGCAGAUAAGAAUAACGAACUAGAAUCUGGGAACCUCGCUGCUGAUGCAUUGAAGCAGAAAAAUGAUCGAACACAGGUUAUACCAGUAGAGACGUCAAUACGAUAUCUUCAAAGUUCUGCGUAUAAAGAAACUUAUGGUGACCAGUUUGUAUGGGAACAAUACAGACGAAACCAUAAAGGAGCAAUACCACCUCGUAAAACACGAAAGACCUGCGUACGAAAAGGCGUAAUUUCUACCGGUAACCCGUGUCCUAUUUGUCGUGACGAAUAUUUAGCCUUAGAUCACCGUAAUAUUGAAUUACUUCGUCAGUUUAUAUCGCCGCAUACUGGUAAAAUUCUAAGUUAUUCCAAAACUGGACUUUGCCAAAGAAAACAUUUUGAGCUCCUAGUGGCUGUAGAGCGUGCCUAUGAUUACGGGCUUAUAUCUUUCGAUGUCCCUUUUCGAAAGUUUGAUCUUGACGAAUAUUACGGCCAUUCCGUAACUAAAGCGCAAUAAACUUUAAUCGAGUUAUCAGUUCAAGUUCUAAAAAGUAAAAUAACACGAAUAAGAAACAAAGUAAUGGCGUCUUGUAUAAAUGACAAUACAAAACUCGAAGAUCAUAGGGUGACAUUCCUAGUCGUGGGUGGUGGUAUAGCCGGUGUAACUUGUGCAGAAACUUUAGCAGUUUAUCAUCCGGAAGAGAGCAUAAUUUUAUUAACA